CAUUGCAAAUUUAAGGAUGCCACGUGUCGGCGAUGUGAAAAAAAAGGGCACAUCGCGAAAGCCUGCCGAGCGCCCCAACCUUCCCGCCAAAAAUUCAAACCGACCAAUCAAAGCGCGGGAACCGCGAAACGGCCCGGGAUUGGUCAAGGGAAAAAAGGCGCGAAGUUGAAUCAGACCGCCGUGAGAGUGGGCCAGGCAUCAACACGCCUAGAAAAAAAAAAUCUUUAUUAAAACACUCAUCGAAGGAGUGCCGUGCCGAAUGGAAGUGGACACUGGAUCUUCAAUUACGAUCAUGUCCUGGAGCAACUUAGAAAAAAACUUGCCGGCUAUCGCGAAACGCAAACUGCGGCCACAGAAGCUACGAGUGCAGGACUAUCAAGGGAACAGGAUCCCUGUCCGAGGGGCGACGACCGUCCACGUCAAGUAUGGACAGUUCGAAAAAACUCUGCCCAUCACCAUCGUCGAUGGGACUCUGCCGAGUUUGUUGGGACUAGACUGGUUCCAGGCAUUGGGCAUGGGAGUGACCGGAGUCUUCCGAAAUGAAGUCGACCUAAAGGACGAACUCAUGAAGGAGUUCGAGGACGUUUUCAAAGACUGCCUGGGCAAGUACAAGGGGACCCCUAUCUCCUUCAACCUAGACCCUCAAGUUGCCCCUAUCCGUUUAAAGGCUAGGAGGGUUCCCUUCGCCCUGAAGCCCAAGAUUGACCGGGAACUGGACAAACUAGUAAGCCAGGGGAUACUAGUGCCAGUCGACCAUGCGAAGUGGGAGACGCCGAUAGUCACCCCAGUGAAACCAGAUGGGUCAGUUAGGAUUUGCGCCGAUUACAAGGCGACGCUAAACAAAGCUUUGCAAAAAAGCGCUUACCCCGUCCCAGUGGUGCAACACUUGCUGCACUCGCUAGGGCAAGGGCAGGUUUUUGCCAAACUAGAUUUGGCCCAAGCCUAUCAACAGUUGCCCGUAGAUAGCAGCACGGCCGAGGCACAAACAAUCGUAACGCACAGGGGUGCUUUCAAAUGCACCAGGUUACAGUUUGGGGUCAGUGUGGCACCAGGAUUAUUUCAAAAUUUAAUGGAGCGGCUUCUGCAGGGGCUCCCCGGGGUGGUACCGUACUUUGAUGAUGUACUGGUAUCCGCCGAUAAUAUGGAGGAACUAGGGGUGCGACUGAGAAAAGUUUUGAGUAUUUUCCGGUCCGCCGGUUUAAAAGUCAAAUUAAACAAGUGCCAGAUCGGGGUAGGAUCCGUAGAAUUCCUGGGCUACCGGAUAGACAGGGAGGGGAUCCACCCCACUGAGAGCAAGGUUAGGGCAAUCAGAAAGGCCCCAGCACCCCAAAACAAAACAGAGUUGCAGGCGUUUUUGGGUCUGGUAAAUUUUUACGCGGUUUUUUUAAAAAAUAAGGCUACCAUAGCCGAGCCGCUACACAAAUUACUAGGAAAAAAUGCUGCAUGGUCUUGGGGAAAGGCGGAAGCUAGAGCAUUUGAAGCAAUAAAAAACCUCCUGUCUAGUGAUAGCCUAUUGAUCCAAUACAAUAGCACACUACCAUUGGUGCUAGUUUGCGAUGCAUCCCCCUACGGGGUGGGGGCUGUGCUCAGCCACAGGCUGCCAAAUGGCACAGAAGCCCCUAUAGCGUUUUACUCCCGAACAAUGUCCUCAGCUGAAAGGAACUAUAGCCAGUUGGAUAGGGAAGCCUUGGCCAUAGUCUCCGGGGUAAAGAAGUUCCAUGAAUAUGUUUUCGGUCGCGACUUCGAAAUCGUCACAGACCAUAGACCCCUACUAGGGUUGCUGGCGGGCGACCGCCCAACGCCCGUGGCACUUUCGCCCAGAUUAACCCGAUGGACUAUCUUUCUGGCUGCAUAUUCUUACAAACUGCUACAUCGGCCAGGAAAGGAGUUAGGGCAUGCAGACGCCUUGAGCAGAUGCCCUUUACCAGCGACUAUCGAAGACCCCACUCCGGGCACACCCGUCUUGUUAAUUGACUCUUUGGACUCUGGUCCAGUCACUUCCAAGGAGGUGGCUCGGGCUUCUUACAAGGACAUUACAUUAAGGACUGUAAUGGGUUGGGUGCAAAGAGGAUGGCCCGCUGCGCCGGGUGAGCGUUUUAGGGAAUAUGUAAAAAAGCGCGGGGAAUUGUCGGUGCAAGGGGAGUGUUUGCUCUGGGGGGAUAGAGUGGUGAUCCCAGAGAAAUUGCGAAAAAAGGUUCUGGAACUUCUGCACGAAGGCCAUCCUGGAAUCUUGCUCUGGGGGGAUAGAGUGGUGGUCCCAGAGAAAUUGCGAAAAAAGGUUCUGGAACUUCUGCACGAAGGCCAUCCUGGAAUCGUGAGAAUGAAGGGUUUAGCCAGGAGCUAUGUGUGGUGGCCCUUGAUGGACAUGGAGAUUAGCGAUAGGGUUGGGAAAUGCCAAGCAUGCCAGGAAACCAGACCACUACCACCAACGGCCCCAAUCCGAGAGUGGGAGAAACCCCAGGGCCCAUGGUCCCGAAUCCAUAUCGACUUUGCCGGCCCUUUCCACGGCCAAACAUUCUUAGUGGUGGUAGACGCAUUUUCCAAAUGGCUAGAAAUCAUUCUAAUGAAAUCUAUGACCGCAGAGGCUGUAAUUUCAGUCCUGCGGCACCUUUUUGUAACACACGGGUUACCAGACACACUCGUUUCAGACAAUGGGCCACAGUUCACGGUGACCCUUUUUGAGAGGUACUUGGCGGAAGAGGGCAUCCGGCAUGUCCUCUCGGCGCCUUUCCACCCUGCGACGAACGGCCUUGCAGAGCGUUUCGUCCGGAGUGCAAAAGAGGCAUUGUCCAGAAUCAGACCCGGGGAUUGGCAAUUAAAAAUUGACACCUUCUUAGCGGUACAACACAGAACCCCUUGUGUAGCGACUGGCCGCAGCCCAGCAGAGCUACUGAUGGGGAGAAAGCUUAGAUGCCCGUUAGACCGGUUAAACCCGAACUACACACCAGACGGGUAUAAAACAACACCGGGCAAAACAAGAGAAUUGACAGUAGGGAGUUCCGUAUGGGCACACAAUUAUGGUGAAGGCCCAAACUGGCAAAAGGGAACAAUCCUAGAAACAACCGGGCCCAAAUCAUAUCUCGUAGAAAUAGAGGAUGGCCGGGUUUGGAAACGCCACAUAGACCAGUUAAGAAAAAGAAUAGCCACCAGUCUAGAGACAGACGAAACAGGCCCUGACUAUCCAAUGAUUGAAUCCACAGCUAACUCAAACCCGAGAAAACCGCAGGACUUAUCUGAGUUCCAGCGACACCAACCGGUCCCUCCGAAGGAAAGCAGGAACGACUCUGCAAGUAAUCCAAGGCCGGAUGGCCUGGAGGAGGAGCUGAGAGGAACGAACAGUCCCUCCGGCCAGCUCGACUCACUCCCAGAUAAUGAACUGCGCAGGUCCGAAAGAGUUAGGAGACGCCCUGCAUACUUACGUGACUACGUAGAAAAAUAAUUAUUCAUUUUAUGUAAAUAGGGGUAAAAAGUUUUCUGGGAGGGGAGGAGUGUAAUGUAUCUUUAA